UUGCCUAGUGCGGGGAGGCUGACAGCAUUCUGACUAAAAUGAGAUUCUCUGUGAGGUAGGAGGGGAGGGAAGAGGGCUUCAGUCAGUGCUUAGAAGAUGCAGGGAGACCCCACCCCACCCCACGGUCAGGUGGUACUAGGUCCCCACUGGAGUGGGAGAAGGCAGUUCAGUCAUGCACAUCACAUGGCUGCUACUACCCUCAUCACAUUUAGUCCUCACAACACCCCUGUGAGGUAGGUAUUAUUGCCCCAUCUUACAGAUGAGGAAACUGAGGCUCACACAUGCCUAGGGGCACACAGUCAACAGGGAGGUCUGCAAUCCCUAUGCUGGGAUUCCCUUACUCAACCAUGCCUGACCCAGGAUGGUCAGAAUUCUACUACAGUAGCAAAAAGAGCUCCUACAGGGAAAUCAACACCCAGAAAAGCCUCACGGAAUCAGCAUCUCCCUGUCCCUGUCGUUUUGGUUCAAGAGCAUUUGGGGGACACUCCUGGCUAAGUGGUUCUUUCUGACAUUUUCGAGAGGAAGCAAAAGCUAUCAGCAGGGCUCCACGUCGGCACCAGCUGCGGGGCAAAAUGGAGGCGCUGAUUUUGGAACCUUCCCUGUAUACUGUCAAAGCCAUCCUGAUUCUGGACAAUGAUGGAGAUCGACUUUUUGCCAAGUACUAUUACGACACCUACCCCAGUAUCAAGGAGCAAAAGGCCUUUGAGAAGAACAUUUUCAACAAGACCCACUGGACUGACAGUGAAAUUGCCCUCUUGGAAGGCCUGACAGUGGUAUACAAAAGCAGCAUCGAUCUCUAUUUCUAUGUGAUCUGCAGCUCUUGUGAAAAUGAGCUGAUGCUCAUGGCUGUUCUGAAUUGCCUCUUUGACUCCUUGAGCCAGACGCUGAGAAAAAAUGUAGAAAAGCGAGCUCUGCUGGAGAACAUGGAGGGGCUCUUCUUGGCUGUGGAUGAAAUCGUAGACGGAGGGGUGAUCCUGGAGAGCGAUCCCCAGCAAGUGAUACACUGGGUGGCAUUAAGGGGAGAAGAUGUACCCCUUACAGAGCAGACCGUGUCUCAGGUGCUGCAGUCAGCCAAAGAACAGAUCAAGUGGUCACUCCUUUGGUGAAGACCCCACUGUUCCUGGCUCCUCACUCCCUCAAAAAAUCCACAUGUCUGCUGUAACUUCUCAUCCAGCCCCACAAAUGAUGCUCUCAGGGUCAUCUCGGGGAUAACAGGGAUCCUUAAAUCUCCAUCCUUUCUGUGGUUGCCCCCUCGCAAACCCGUAUACGCUUCCCGUUCCUUCUCUUUUUUGCAGUCCUGGGAGUAAAGCUCUUAGCAGAUUUGGACACAGGGCAGGGGAAGCACCCUCUUCCUUGCUCGACUGGAUUAUACUCCCAUGCUCUCCUAUCCCCCAUAUUUUCUCCUCCACUUCUGUGCCCUUUGCUGCAGCUACACUUCAGAUCAAAGCAGGAGAAAGAAUGUGCUGAGUGUUUUCCUCCCUUUGCCUUUACCCGGCCUUCAUCCCAACAGUCCAUAUGUCCAGCAAGGGGAGAGAGAGAGAAUUCUUUUCUAUAGAAGGAGUGCGGGUGGGGAGAGGCAUAUGAAGUCUCAGCCACAGCCCCGCUUGCUGGACUCGGUAUUUUCUCCCAUUCCUUUUUACUGCCCAGGCCUCCAGCCUUGGAAAAAAGAUUGGGAACAGCUCAUAGUCAGGGGACAGAGUGGAAGGAGCAGUGAUUUAAAUAUUAUUGGACAGAGCUUAUAAAAUUUUGUAUUUCAGACACAGCUGCAUUUUUUACCCUCAUCCUGGCUUAUACCUUCAAAACUGCUGUGGUCUGUGAGUGUUCGGUGUGGGAGUGUCUGUCUCUCCGUCUGAUACCUUAACUUUCCACCUUCACUACCCCUGCGAGCUCUGCCUGGCUUGCCCUGUCUGUGCCCUGGAGCAAAGCCAGUCCCUGAUCUAAAAUGCCAUUCCAGUCUUGGGAAGAAGAGUUUCUGCUCAGAACUGGGGAUAGGGUGGAAUUUAUGACUUGGGCCUCUGGGCUCUCUCAGUCCCCUUCUCUCUCCCACAUGCACCUCACUCCUCUGCCUUGGGUCUGCGAUCUCUGCUGCUUAACCCUGUCCUCCCUCUGCCUCAGCCUUACAUCCGGGCAGUAGGUCUGGGCGCCUCCCUUCCCUAGGUCGCUGAGAGAGGUGCCUUUCUUCAGAAGACCUUUGGGAUUUGGCUUUCCCCAGGAAGACGGAGGAUGGGACACCCACUGUUGGGUCAUCUCUCCCCUUGACCCAAAACUUCCCACAAAAAUGUCGCAAGAAACCUUCCUGAGACUUAGCAUCCUGUCCCCACCCACUAACUGCCAGUUCUCCAAGUGGGGCGGGUAACUGGGCAUCCUGGAGGGAGCAUUUUUGUGUAAGAGGUGUGCGGAGUCAGCAUGAUAGCCACCUUCAUAUACUGUUCUGCGCAAAGAGGAAUAAAACAUUUUUUUCCAAAAAAAAAAAAAAAGCUAUCAGCAGGGUGAGUGUGUCAGCAGGGGAGAGAGGUCAGGGUCAGUCUUCGUCAGAUCCCAAGUCCCUGUGGUCAUUGUUCUCAGGCACUCACAGCAGAUCUACCCUCACCCAACAAACAGGUCCUCUGAAUCUUGCUCUUCUGUAUCUUGGUCACCUCAGA